AUGGAAGCUGGCUUGGCGACUAUGAACGGAAAACGUGGCGGGGCCACGGGCUCUGCGCAGGCGCAGCUGCGUAACCAGCUCCUAAGCGGACAGGUGGGGGACGCGGAAGCGGCGGUUGCGCACGGGGCGGACGCGGGCUACGGAGGGCGUGGGGCCAGCAGGGCGGCGUCGCUGACGUCCUCGGUGACCACGUUCUUCAAGGGCCGGCGCCGAGGGGCGGGCAAGGAGGACGACGACGAUGAAGACGUGUUCCUGGGGGAUCACGACAUGGGGAACCUGUCGAUGAACGACCUGAGCAGCCUGCGCAACAACGGCGGGCACAAGUACGGGUACGGCGGUGGUGUGGACGACAUGACGGUGAUUCCGACGCUGAUGCCCACGGAGGCGAAGGGUGGCGCGGGACAGAUGAACAACACAGACUACAGGAAGCGCUUGACGGCGCAGAAAAAGAUGGCGUUCAACACGAUGGCGCGACAGAACCGCCAGCCCCCGAUGCAGGGCUACGGGCCCCCAGCCGUGGCUGGCCGCGCCAUGUCGCUGCAGUCCUACAACCGCCGUCCGCAGUUCGGGCCGGCGCCGUACGGCAAGCUGCCGCAGGGGGCGGGCGUGCCACAGAGCCCCGUUCCACCGCAGGGACCGAUGCAACCGCAGGGGCCCGGCGUGCUGCCGGGGAAUGGGUGGGGCUCGCCGAUGACCGCGCCACCGGCGGCUGUGAACCGGUUUCGAGGCGGGCCGAUGGCCAUGUCUGGGCCUGUCGGGCCACGCACCAUGUCGCUCGGCGGGCGCGGCGGCCCACCGAAGGUGGGACCGCCUGUGACGCAGCCCGUCGUCUCGGGCGGAUACCACGGGCCGCCACAGCGUGCGAUGCAGCCGCGGAUGAUCGGGCCAAUGUAUGCGCCAGUGCAUCAGCCUCCGUUGGGUGGGCCACGCAGUAUGUCGUUGCAGAGUCAUUCGCGCCAAGCAUACUCGAAUCUCGAUGCGCUGCGCCACCCUAGACAAACGCCAGCGGGGGGGAUGCCUAUGGAACACGCAUACAAUGCGCCACAGUAUCCCAAUGAGGCUACAGGCCGUUUUAACACCACUCCGGACGUAUCAUUUAUUAGCGAACAUGAAACAUUGUAUGAAACGGAAGUCCCUGAAGGUGCCUUCGCGGCUGAACCGGACCCCAGUGUCGGUAAGAUGAACGUCCUGAAGGUAUCUGAUCCUAAAAAGCAAGAUUUACAAACUUAUCUCGAGCGUGAACAAGCCUUGUUGGUGGAGAAGGAACAAUCGCUCAAGGAGAAGGAGGAAGAGCUGAAAAAGCUAGAGUUGGAUCUCGCGGAAAAGCGAGAGCAACAAAAGGCCGAGGACCAUGGCCACCCAACUAUCGAACCGGAAGAAAAGCGUGAUUUGUCUGCGUCGCCCCUUCCUUCAUCAUCUGCAGAUGACUCCGUCAUUGAUCUAAAGCCGUCCAGCCUUUUGAUCGACAGUUUGAGAACACUGGAUACCGAUGACGAUUUCAGUAGCGCAUUUCCAUGGAUGCGUGAUGUUCCUUCUGCUGAUGAGCUGGAAGAUAUAGGUUCGGACACUCUGGAGUCCACGGAGGGUUCGGGUAAUGUGGCCAGCAGCCCAAAUCAGAAAGGGGAAUCCGACAGUUCCGAAUCUAAUUUAAAAGACAAAAAUUCGCUUUUCUGUGCUGUGGCCCGUGAUGACACAUAUCGCACGGAAGAUGUAUCUGGAUACGAAGACUCUUCGAGAGGCUCGCCGCCGAUACCAAAUUCACAGACUCCUGCACAGGAGGCGUCGCCCGCCCAGUCUGCUCGGUUACAUAAAAAUGAGUGGCAGGCUGGUCAGCAGGAGCCGCCAUCAACCCAGCAGACCUCUCAGCCCCAAUCACCGGAGCUGACACCUGCUAGAGUGACUUCUCAGCGCCAGUUGCAAGAACUGUCACCUACACGCGAGACUUUACGGUCACAAUCGCAAGAUCCGCCGAGUGAGAGCGACAUUGGUGCUUGUCGGCGCGAAGUGUAUUCCCAGCCUCAGCCGCACCUGGUGUCAGAAUCACAUCCGCUGCAGGCCCUGUCGGAAUCUGCGCGCCCAGAUACUCCCUCUACUGACCCUUGUCUACAUUCGCCAAGAUCUGCCACAGCUUCUAGUCAGGGAGGCUCCUCAAAUGACUCACAUAAGGAGAAAAAGGGCGGUUUUGCAAAGGCCAAGAGUUUGUUACGCAAAAUAUCAUCAAGGAAGAAUAGCAUUACUAGCAGGCCUGGCUCACCCCUAUCUAACCGGGUGGACACGGCUGUCAGUAGCCCAAAACUGUCUAGGAGACAGUCCAUCUCUAAUAGUGUGCGGUCACUACAGAGCACCGAUCCAGAUGCUACAACAACGUCUGCAAAAGAGCCUGCAGGCAGAAACUGUGCAGAUACGUCUACGACCCUUGAUUCUCAUGGGGCUAGCCCAAUCAACAAACAAAAGUCAUACCAUUCAAUCUUUGCAAGUUCGUCUUUGGCUCACCUACCACAAGUCAAGGAGAACAACAUUGGUUUUAGCCAAUCGCAGGGCAACCGCAACCGUGCGAACAGCCACUUCAUCGAUCGCACAGAGUAUAUGAUGGGAAACGGUUCAUCAACUAUCAGUAGCCCCUCGCAACGUGUACCGCCAAGACGUGGAUCCGUCCCGAAUAAUAGAAAGUCUGUCAUCUCGGAAGAGAUAGUCGUACCAAAUACCAAUGGCAAGCUUACUGCGCCAUACGUUCCGCUGUUUUCGUCCGGUUUGGAUGAGCUAGAACCAGCUGUCAUGGUAGAAGCCGUCACGGGCAAAAAGAUCUUCAAGACUGUCAUGGUCUCUACAGAGCAACUGGCGAUUCUGAACGCUAACAAAAACCUCAUGAACGAGCUGCACAUAGUAUCGCAAGAACUGGUUGAGUCUGUCGCUCGUGAAACUCGCUUGGAACAGCAGCUGCUUCUACAGCACAAGAACGACGACUCGCGUUAUCUCUCCCUACAGGAUUUCGAGGUCGAGCUGCGUAAGAAAUCGGCCAAAAUUGUCGAAUUAAUACAGGGACUAAAUGACGAACGCCUCAAGCGCUUCAUUGCGGAAGAGCAAGUGCUACUAAGCGAAAAAGGUGUGAGGCCCAGUAAUCUCGAGUUGGUCUACAAAAUAGACCAGCUUGAGAAAAAACUUCAGCAGAGGAACAACGAGAUAGCCUCGCUCAAGGAGAGGCUGCCCAUCAGAUGA